GACCUCUGACAUCUAAACCCUGCCCUAAGAACACAGCCUCAAACAGAUCUUCAAUGUGGGUAACCCCUGACCUCUGACAUCUAAACCCUGCCCUAAGAACACAGCCUCAAACAGAUCUUCAAUGCCAUCCUCAGUGGUUUCCUCAGUGAGUUCCCCCAGGCGGUGAGGUCUUCAGCAGGCAGCAUCGUAGACGCAGCAGUAGAGAUCUACCACCGCAUGUCUGUGGACCUCCUGCCUACACCAGCCAAGUCCCACUACGUCUUCAACCUCAGGGACCUCUCCAAGUGUGUCCAGGGUAUGUUGCAGUGUGAGCCAGGCACGGUGAGGGAUCAGACUGGGAUAUUCCGUCUGUUCUGUCACGAGUGUCAGAGAGUGUUCCACGACCGCCUCAUCAACAACGAAGACAAAACCUACUUCAACACCAUCGUCUCUGAGAUGGCCAGCAAAUAUUUUGGCUUCAAUUUAGAACCCAAUUACUUUGUGACCAAACCCAUCAUAUUUGGAGAUUUCAUCAAGGUGGGUGCAGAGAAGGCAGAUCGUCUGUAUGAGGACCUAACAGAGCCAGAUAAGAUCAGGGCUGUGCUCCAGGACUACCUGGAUGACUACAAUAUGACCUUCUCCAAGGAGACCAAGCUGGUGUUCUUCCAGGACGCUGUAGAACACGUCUCCAGGAUAGCGCGUAUGAUCCGCCAGGAGCGCGGUAACGCCCUAUUGGUGGGCGUGGGGGGCACGGGGAAACAGUCACUGACGCGGCUGGCGGCCCACAUGUGCGGCAUGCGCUGCUUCCAGAUAGAACUGAGCCGAGGAUACAACUACGACAGCUUCCAUGAAGACCUGAGACGACUGUUCAAGAUGGCUGGGGUGGAGGGCAAGGACAUGGUGUUCCUCUUCACUGACACACAGAUCGUGGUGGAGGAGUUCCUAGAGGACAUUAACAACAUGUUGAACAGUGGAGAGGUGCCCAACCUGUUUGAGAAGGAUGAUCUGGAGCAGGUCCUGGCUGCCACACGGCCCAGAGCCAAGGAGGCCGGCAUCAACGAGGGAAACCGAGACGAGGUGUUCCAGUUCUUCAUCUCUCGGGUCAGAGAGAAGCUGCACAUUGUGUUGUGUAUGAGUCCUGUAGGAGAUGCCUUCAGGUCCCGCUGUCGUAUGUUCCCCUCUCUGGUCAACUGCUGCACCAUCGACUGGUUUGUACAG